UUUGGUCUCCCGUCCAUAUCAGUUGCCUCUCAAUUUCGUUUGCUGCUCCUUUAAGAAUUCACAAAAAGUCCCAACCACUCUCACCUUCUUCAACCAAGAAAAGAAAUAUAACCCAAAAACACCUCUCUCUUUCCAUCAAAAGAACAAAAUAGAUCUCACAUAAUGGCUGGUCUCCACAAAAGCAUGAAGGCCAAGCUCCAAAACACCCCAAACCUCAAGCUUAUCCUGCUUGGUUUCUUCCUCCUCUUCACCAUCUUCAUGAUUCUAAGAUCAAACUCCUCUUCUCCUCCCUCUCCAAUUACACAAACCAGAGCACAAGCCCAAUCAUAUCCCCCAACACAAUCAACACCAAUAAUACAUUCAUGCUCAAAGAUCCCACCCUCCCUUGUCGAAUCCAUCCUUCACUAUGCCACCUCAAACACAACCCCACAACAAACCCUCAGUGAGAUCUCAGUCUCUGCCAGAGUCCUCGCAAAGAAAUCACCCUGCAAUUUCCUAGUCUUCGGCCUUGGCCAUGACAGCCUAAUGUGGACUGCCCUCAACCACGGAGGCCGCACUGUCUUCCUCGAAGAAGACAAGAAAUGGAUAGAAACCAUCCAAGAGAAAUUCCCACAAUUGGAGUCUUACCAUAUCAAAUAUGAUACUAAGGUAACAAUGGCAGAUGAUCUGAUGGAGUCAGGGAGAAUGCCAGAGUGCAUUUCUAUUGGUGACUUGAAGUUUUCAGAGUGUAGGUUGGCAUUGAAGGAGUUGCCAAGGGUGGUUCAUGACAUGGAGUGGGAUGUGAUCAUGGUUGAUGCGCCAACCGGGUGGAUUCCGGAGGCACCAGGGAGGAUGGGGGCAAUAUACACGGCUGGAAUGCUGGCGAGGGGGAAGAAGGAAGGGGAUACUGAUGUAUUUGUUCAUGAUGUUGAUAGGAUUGUUGAGGAUAAGUAUUCGAAGGAGUUUUUGUGUGGAGGGUAUUUGAAGGAGCAAGAAGGGAGGAUUAGGCACUUCAACAUUCCCAGUCAUAGGACUAGCUUGGCCAUGCCUUUUUGUCCCUGAGGGAGGAAUUUGAGGUUAUUGUGGUUUUGUUCCCUUCUCUUAAUUUUGUUUCUUGUUGAUUAUUCUUGUAUGUUAUAAGGGGAUGAGGGCACUGGAUUGGAUGCGAAUGGUUGUUUUGUUGAGGGAAUUACUGCUCUAUUUUCUCUUUGGUUCUCCUAAAAUGUUCACUUCAAGAUUUCUACACCACUUCUCUCAUUUCAACAUGGUUUACUUGUGUUCUUUCUGCCAUAGGCUAUAGUAUUGGGCAUUUUUUACUA